AUGAAACCAACUCAGCACAAACCUCAAUCAAAGGCUGCACCUCAGAGAACUCUGUGCCCUGAUCUACUAGAACAUGAGCGAGCCGUAUACAUUCUAGCAGUUCAUCCCGGGGAUACUCCUUCAGAGUUUGAUAAGCAAUUAUUCCCUGUCAUCAAACACUAGCAGAUAAUAAAUACACAACCUCAUCCAGAAUCCAUCCCUCAUCCCCCAUCAACAAGCCAAGAUGGCAUCCCUGUGCAGCCACUUCUGGGUCAGGAUGGCCUGUGUAAUGUCAGGGCUCUCAGUUAUGACCAGAGAUGUGUGGACUGACACAGGGAAACGCAGGCU